CUUCCCCCCUCGUCCCCUCGGUAGCAGCCCCCCUUCCUGCGGCCGCCUUCCCUUCCCUCCUCUCCUCUCCGGGGUGUGAGUGAGGUUUUGCGGAGGGGAGGGGGAGAGAGCAGGAUUUCCUGCCUUCCCCAUAGUGCUGGCCUCCUCUUCCAACUAGCUCCUUGGGAGCAGGCCCCAGCCUAGGGGGUGUGUGUGGGGGGGUGUCUCUUCCUCUCUCUUUUCUCUUGCUCCUCCUCCUCCUCCUCCUCUUUUUUUCAGGUGCAGGGAGGUGCACCCCCUGCGUGGUCCCUUCCCGCCCCACCAUUGGGCCCUGCUGCCCUCUGACCUGGGGGUGCCGGUCCUUCUGCUUCCAGGAGGGGGGGGCAGGUGCCACCACCACCAGCAGCAUGGUAGAGAAGCGGUGCCCACGGCUGCAGAGGGAGACUGUCUACCGGUGGUUCUCGGAGCUGCCCUCUCCUCAGCGAGUGGAGUUCCUCUGUGGCCUGCUGGACCUGUGCAUCCCCCUGGAGCUGCGAUUCCUGGGCGCCUGCCUGGAGGACUUGGCCCGCAAGGACUACCACUCCCUGCGGGACUCUGAGAUCAAGGCCAACAACCCUGCAGACCUGGGCAGCCUCACCAACUUGACGGAUGAGGUGGUGCGCAGCAAACUCUUGGUCUCCUUGGCCCUCCUGGGCUCUUCCCACCGGGAGGCAGCUGGGGUCCUCUUCCGCACCCUCACCCACAUUGACUCGGUCAUUCACAACUAUGGACUGCAACUCAACGAAGGCCGGACAGGUGAUGAGUUCUUGCUGCUCUUCACCAUGGCCUCCAACCACCCGGCCUUUAGCUUCCACCAGAAGCAAGUGCUGAGGCAGGAGCUUACCAAGAUCCAAAAUAUCGUGGCCAGCACCAGCAGGAGCCCUGAGACACCUGCUGCCAGCACCAUGGGGCCGUGCCCUGGUUGCCACAAGGUCACUUCAAGAUCUGAGCCCCUUGUACAUGGUGUCGGUCACAGUUUAGAAAAUGCACUACAUACAUCAGCACAUUCCGUUGAGGAGUCAUUGCUCAAGAGGCCUUCAGGGAAACACUCCAAAGUGAGUGUUGAAAAAGUGGAACUAAAGGGAAUUACGCCCAAGAAGAAUGAUCGAGCCGUUGAAUACUCCUUUGAGGUCUUAUGGUCUGAUUCAUCAGUGACGUUGGUGACAAAAUCUUCUGCUGAGGUCAUGGAAUUUAUUUCAAAGUUAGGUCAGCUGUGCCCAGAGGAAAAUUUGGAGAAAAUUAUUCCUUGCCUAGCUGGUCCAGAUUCAUUUUACCUAGAGAGAAACCACAUGGACUUGGAAUCAGACCUUAGGUAUUUGGCAUCAUUACCUUCCCACAUCUGGAAGAAUGACCACGUCAAGAAAUUUUUCAGCACUUCAUCUCAUUCACAGCAGUUUCAGAGUUCAAGUCCCAGUCACACUUCCCUUUAUAAAGUGGGUACAACACUGGCUGCUUCUGGAAGGCCGGUUUGUGGCGUUGCUGGAAUCCAGUCUUCACAGAACAACCCGCAGCAUCAUGUGUCACAUCCAGCAGCCACCCCGGUUACGCUCUCCCAUGGCACACAUUCGGGUGCAACGAGCUCCUCUCUGGCCUGCCGCUCCCCAUUGGAGAACUCCUUGCCUGUCUUGCUGGCCUCCAGUUCUCAGACCCCACAGGCCCAAGAGCAAAACGGGAUUCUGGAGUGGUUGCGGAAGCUGCGCUUGCACAAGUACUAUCCUGUUUUCAAGCAGCUCACAAUGGAGAAGUUCCUGAGCCUUACAGAAGAAGAUCUGAAUAAAUUUGAAUCUCUCACCAUGGGAGCAAAAAAGAAACUCAAGACCCAGCUGGAGUUGGAAAAGGAGAAGUCGGAGAAACGGACCCUGAAUCCAGCUGUCUCUUCUUCUGGGAGCACAGGGGUGGCCAGAGUUCCUCCUACAACACACUUGGCCCCGAUCCAGAGCAUCCGUGGUAACCAUACAACAGAGCUACGUGUCGAGGUGGAUCAGCCAGGCCCUCCAAACCCCCGUGAAGGAAGCUCCUCAGAAUACUCCAGCUCAUCCUCUAGCCCCAUGGGAAUCCAGACCCGGGAAGAGAGCUCAGAUAGCGCAGAAGAGAGUGAGAGACGUUUAGAGAUCCCCUUGGAAUCCUCUGAGAAGGAGAAGCCAAUCCCAAUCCUGAAUCAUUUCAGCUCUGGUGCCACCAGGCCAACUGCUCAGGUUUUGCCUGUGCAGAAUGAGGCAAGCUCCAGUCCGUCCACAUAUCACCCUGUGCCCAUCCAGCUGAUGACUGCAGGCUCCCCUCACAUCACUCCAAUGAGAAUACUGAACUCUAUGCACAAAUCUGAGCGAGGAGCCACAGACAUGAAGCUCCUAUCAUCAUCUAUGCACUCGCUUUUGUCUGGGGAAGACAGGACAAAAUACUCCCUGGGGCUACCUCGAAGCAGCGUGAAAAUGGAGAAGAGUUUUGGAAACACGAUUAUGGAAGGGAUGCCAGCGUCUCAUCAGUCCAUCCAAGUGCUCUCUGGAGUCCCUGAAAACAGCUCUUCAGCGCCUUCAGUGAACUUUGGGCCGCGAACCAAAAUGGGACACGCUUCCACCCUAGACAGGAUGGUGAAAACAGCAGCACAGCCAGGAAUCCUGGUGGAAACAAGCUCCUCUGCCACUGCCGCUGCUGCCAGCACCGUCUUCCACAUGGCACGACCCCCCAUUAAACUCCUGGUCUCUUCCUCCGUUCCUACUGAUUCCACCCUUGUGGGCCCAUCAUCAUGCUCCAAUAGUAUGCAAUUCAGUAUGUCCCCAGCAAUAAUCAGCCCCCGGACAGCUCUCUAUACAGCCAACACCAAAGUGGCCUUUUCUGCGAUGAGCAGCAUGCCCGUUGCCCCCAUGCCCAGCAGCAGCUUCUGUGCAAACAGCAACACUGCCUCUUCCAACAGCCACCCACCCACCUCCUUUGCAAACCUGAGCAAUGUCCCCACCUGCCCUGUUCCUAGCUCAAGUCCCACCCUGUCGCCAGCUGCCGAGAACAGUUUCUACAACAACAGUGGUAGUGGUGGCGGUGGCAGCGGCAGCUCAGCAGGGAGUGUUCCCGUACCAAACCAGAAUAACCACCCCCCACACCCACACCAGCAGCCUCCGCUGCCCCCACCCCCAGGGUGUAUGGUGUGCAGCUCCUGUGGCUGCAGUGGAAACUGUGGUUCCAGUGGCAUGACGGUCAGUUAUGCCAACUAUUUCCAGCACCCCUUUUCAGGCCCGUCCAUGUUUACUUUCCCAUUUUUGCCCUUCAGCCCUUUGUGCGGCAAUGGCUAUCUCAACACCCAGCAGUACAGCGGGAGCUCUGCUUUUCCGAUGGUUCCCUCUCCGUACAGCAGUGGCAUCGGAGCCGACUCAGUCAUGAGCGGACCGUCCACCUUUGCCGUGCCACCGAUGCAGAGUUUUAUGGCAGGGACAGCAGGGGUGUAUCAGGCCCCCGGCAUGAUGGGCGGCAGCGGUGGAGGGACAGGCCAUAAGAAGAACGGGAAUCUCUCCUGUUACAAUUGUGGAGCCAGCGGGCAUCGCGCGCAAGACUGCAAGCAGCCCCCAAUGGAUUUCAAUCGGCAAGGUACAUUUCGGUUAAAAUAUGCUCCACCGGCUGAAAGUUUAGAUUCCGCAGACUGACACUAACUUUACAGACGUAGUUUUUGUUUUGUUUAAUGGCAAAAGCCAUGGAUUAAUUAAGAAACGUGGAAUUGGAACCUGGGCAGUCCACUUGUUGAGUUUAUUAUUUUUUAAAUCCAAAGGUGCUUGAUGUCAACAUAAGAAGGAACUGUAAUGGGGGGUGGGGGGCAUUGUCAACCCGUUUACUCAUUUGCCAAAAUUAUAACACGGAUCUUAAUGUUGGACCUUCUCGUGGAUAGUGGAACUGGCCGACAGUCUUUUCUGUUCCACACAAACAGCAGCCCUUGGGCGGAAGGGAAGAUGACCUGCUUUGGUCUUUUGUACUGGAAGGGUGAACUCCUGGGAAGUGAUGUUGUAAUCGGGAGUGAAAGCCAGAGGCUGAGCGUCCAGCAGCCAUUUGCCAGCUGGACUUUGACAUUUUGAGCCUAGGUAAACUUGCCUACUUUUUCUUGAAAGAAAUCAGGCACUACACUCUGGGAUUUUACAGGAUUGCACUACAGAAGAAUGAAUCCUUCUGUUCUUAUUCUCUGCACUUAUGGCAGCCUCAGACCAGUGCGAGAGACAUUCCAACCAUUGGAAAUGGGCACCAGCAGGUUACGUGAACUUCAGAUAAAAUAAAUUUUAUUCCUUACUCCCUUUCUCCCCCAAAAGAACAGAGGUGAAAAUUUCGGUUCAUUCUGGAAACCAUUACACUCUGCUUGUCAGCAUUUGUUUCUAAGUGGAAAUCUGUUACCAGCUGUGGAAUACAUUUAAUUUCCAAGGGUCUACUGCCAGGCACUGAACUCCUAAGUGGGGCUUUAGAAAAUUCAUCACAGCUACCACUGGAGAAGCCGUUACCCACAUGUUGUUUUCUGCCACAGGAAGUUACUCUGCCUUUGCAAUGAAUUUCAGACUUCAAACUCUGACAGCAGGGUUUGAGAUGUGUUUUGCAUUGCUACCAAUUUAGAUGUCACAAUGGAUAUUUUAUCUCACAUCUUGGAAAGGGUUAUCAUUGACCUCUUAGAACUGAAAUACAUUAUAAAGUACUAGCAUUGACGAUUAGGUAGGUUUUUGUACUAAAUCCAAGUUAGGAUGAAGCUGGCAAAACUCCUGGGGCAGACUUGGAAAAACGUGAAUUCAUCUUGCUAAAGGGAGGCAUUUGUUUAAUUCUGUCUGGUGUGUUUCUUGUCAUUGUUUCGCUUCAUUAGCAGAGUCAGUGUUUGGACUGCCUCACACCUAAUUUGUGAUCUGGCAAAUUAGUAUUGCUGUAAUGGGAACUGUGAGCCUAGGCAGGGUGGCUGUGUGACUUGACUAGAUCUUGCCACUGGAAAUACAACAAGAUUUGAAGUUGUGGGCUGUUUCACUGCACAAGAGGUUCUUGCUCUGAAGAGGAUACUGGGAAGAGCAGAGGAUGGGGCAUUUGGUUUUGCUUUUUAUAAUGUCUUGAUAGCCCUAUGCUUGUCAUACCUGUUGCCUUUAAGAAACAGACGCCCGAUGUUCGCUUGGUUGGAGGCAUCUUGGGGGAGGGGGUUGGCAUAAAAACUAACCUCUGUAAGAAAACCUUUCAAGGAGAUUUAUUGCAUUGCUUAGAUUUUUGGAAAUCCGUGUCCAAAGCUGCAAAAGCAUCAGGUUUCUAGCACCCUAUAUCCAACUUCAGUUAUUUCUAUGCAAUGGAGAUGUCAUAUCCUUGGCCCUGUUUCACUCAAGCAGUAUUACAUAGGAUAGGCAUGAGACUAAGCUAGUUGAAUUUAUUCCCCAAUGAAAACAAUCAGGAAAUUAUGCGACAUUGAUUUUAGUAGGAUCAUAGUUCAGCUCCCUUUGUGUGACCCUAGCAUAUAACAUUUAAAUAAGAGUUAUGUUUGCAGCGGCUGUAAUUCUAAAGUAAAAGUUUAAAACCUACGAUGUUAAUGAGAAGAAACACAGCCAUUUAUUUUGCUUUAAUGUAAAAGCAACUUAUCAUUCCUUAGUGCACCUUUAUGAUUACUACUGAGAUGAACUUUUCAACUGGCCUGGAAUAUCUGCCAGAUGAAAGCCAAAUAUUCAUUUUAAAAAUAGGAACCAUCUAAUGCUACUCAAACUUUCAGGCACCUUAACUGCAAAAAUCUCUCAAACUUGUUCCUGUGACAUCUGGCCUUCCCAAAAAACCUGUGGAUUUCUUUUCUUGCCUUUUUUUCCAGGCAGAAGGAACAGUCUGUGCCCUAGCCAUUUUGUUUUCAAAUGGCAUGGACAACAGCUCUCACUUUGUAAAGCCAAGGAAGUCCAAGAGGAGAUGACGGGAGAGUUGAUCAUGUCUGCUUCCCAAAGUACUGAUUUGAGACAUGCAAAGCAAACCUGUUAGGGAAACUGUCAUUAUUUCCCCUUGUUUGACUUCAGCCCAAUAGCUGAUGGGGAUUCAUACAACCCUCCUUCAAAGGAAAAUCAACAUUUUCCUAAAAGACUGUGUAUAUUAGUUUGGCUGUAACUUUGAACUAGUGGAUGUGGUAGCACAUAAGGCAGAAUCACCAAUAGCUCCAGACAAGAUAGUAGGAAGCACAGACCCUCCUGACUCCCAGUCUAGCAUAACGGACUAUGUUGGAGAAGUACCACUUGCAACAUGUGACUGAAGUAUAAGAUACACAGUUUGACGAUUGGGAACCAUGUCAGCAGUAGAUAACUGCAGCACAGCCCUGACUAAAGAAGCCCUUGCCUGAACCGCUUGAUAAAAGCUUACAUUUUGUGCACCCACGAGGAAAAAAAAACUGCUUGAGGUAGCCAAAGAUAAGCUACAAAGAUAAGUCUCUGGAAAGGCAUAUUCUGCAGGGUACAGGAUACUGUUCUGUUAAAGCCCUAGUCUCUGCAGCUGACUUAAUUUCUUAAGCUGGUAGAGGGUAUUUUUAUUGCUAAGAGGUAUGCCAUGCUUGCAGCUGUUGUAAAGCUGCUGUACUGGAUACGGCCAAAGGCAGAACCUGAAAUCAUGGUAAGUCACAAACCUACCAACAUUCAAACAACUUACAGUAUUACUAUAGCCUUGGGACUAUUUCUGUAUAAUAAAUUAUUAGCCGUAGGAACCACCUAGGUUUCAAAAGUGCAGGUUAACAUUAUUUUCAAAUAUAACUUUCCACUAGGAAUGAAGGAAACUAUUCUGCCCAUUUUGAGCCAUUUCUUUUACAUCUAGUAUUACAAAACAUGCAUGUAACUUUAUAUAAAUAUUAAAGGUUUUGUAAAUAUUUAAUAUUCAUCUAACUUGAUUUUGGACUGUACAUGUCAAGUAUUCUGGUAUUGGGAUUUUUAUGUUUAUUAUACUUUGUUAAAGGUAAAAUUGUACAUUUUUAGAAUGUUUUUAUCUGAGUAAAUUUAAUGUACUGAAAAAAAAUGAAAGACCAUAGUAGUAGUCUCUGUUCAGACAUCCCAAUUUUGCAUUGGUGAUUUAAAAAAUGAUGAGGCUUUGGUGUAAUAAUCACAGUAGAUUAAACCAAAGGUUAACAAACAAUGUCUUAUCUCAAAAUAGUGACUACAAAGCUCGGCAGCAGCUUUGGUUCUGUAAGCUGUCUAUUCAGCAAGUUAGACUACUGGAUAAUAGAAGGUCCUUUCCAGCAAAAAAAAAAAAUUCCUUCAGUGCUACGGCAGCAUUCCCUGUUCUAAGUACGAUGCUUGCCAUAUUUGUAGGAAAGGUAAUUUUUCACAGAUCACAGAUGAGGCCAUGGCAUCUUUCACUUCUGUAUCAGUGAAAACUUUGGAGAAAUUGGGUGGUGGUUAUGGGUUGUUGUUGUUUUAGUUCAGACAUAGCAUUAAGAUCGGAAUGGACUUGUGAAUGACCACGCUUCUAAUCAAUUCAGGAUGGAAUCGUCCAUAUUAGUAUUUUUUUAAAAAAAAACAUUUGUACAAGCAUCAGUUAUAUGGAUGGCUGUCUUGAAGAUAUUAAACUGAACAGAAUAUGUUAAAAUUUUACAGAGAAGUGAAAGCUUACAGUGAACAUUUUAACAAAUAAAA